UCAGCGCUGCAAGUUUCAGCUCGGCGUUAAAUUUAAGCUCCGGCUCAAAUUAGGGGUUUGGCUGGAGGGUUGGAUGGAGCCGCCUCCGGCGCUGAGGAUUCCCCGCGAGGGAUGAAGGGCAGAAAUCCCGAAGGAAAUGCGCUUGGAGCGAGGAAAACCCCAGAGGCGAUGGUCGCUGGAGCAAAGCAGGACACCGUGAUGCACCCCGAGCCCCCACAUCCCUGAACCCUCCAGAAACGCUCCAAAACCCCGAAAUGAGGCUGUUCCGCCGCCGCUACAGCACCUUGAAGGUGGCCUUGGCGGGCGCCGUCUUCGUCCUCUUCCUCUUCAUCCUCCAGAAGGACGUGGGGAGCAAGGAGCCGGGCGAGGAGCCGUGGCUGCGGAACAUCGUGCAGGGCAAGGGCCAGGUGCUGGACCUGAUGCUGGGCGCCGUGCGGGACCUGCGGGACUCGAUGCCGCGGCUGCAGAUCGGGGCCCCGGAGCCGCCGCCGGAGCCGCUGCCCAGCGCCCGCUCCUGCCUGCCCGGCGUCUACACCGCGGCCGAGCUGCGGCCGCUCAUGGAGAGGCCCCCCCAGGACCCCGCCAGCCCCGGCGCCGACGGAAAAGCCUUCAAGAAGGAUCGCUGGACGCCCGAGGAGACGAAGGAGAAGGAGCGGGGCUACGAGAAGCAUUGCUUCAAUGCCUUUGCCAGCGAUCGCAUCUCCCUGCAGCGGGCGCUGGGCCCCGACAGCCGCCCCCCCGAGUGCAUCGAUCAGAAGUUCAAGCGCUGCCCUCCCCUCCCCACCACCAGCGUGGUGAUCGUGUUCCACAACGAGGCCUGGUCCACCCUGCUGCGCACGGUCUACAGCGUCCUGCACUCGUCCCCGGCCCGGCUGCUCCGCGAGGUCAUCCUGGUGGAUGAUGCCAGCACGGACGAGUACCUGAAGGAGGAGCUGGAUCGCUACGUGGAGCAGCUGCAGAUCGUGCGCGUGGUGCGGCAGCGGGAGCGCAAGGGGCUCAUCACGGCGCGGCUGCUGGGGGCCAGCGUGGCCAGCGGGGAGGUGCUGACCUUCCUGGAUGCCCACUGCGAGUGUUUCCACGGAUGGCUGGAGCCGCUCCUGUCCCGCAUCGCCGAGGAGCCCACGGCCGUCGUGAGCCCCGACAUCGCCACCAUCGACCUCAACACCUUCGAGUUCUCCAAGCCCGUCCAGAACGGGAAGCAGCACAGCCGGGGCAAUUUCGACUGGAGCCUGACUUUCGGCUGGGAGGUCAUUCCCGCGCGGGAGAGGCAGCGCAGGAAGGAUGAGACCUUCCCCAUCAAGUCCCCGACCUUCGCAGGUGGCCUCUUUGCCAUCUCCAGGUCCUACUUUGAGCACAUCGGCUCCUACGACGACCAGAUGGAGAUUUGGGGGGGUGAGAACGUGGAAAUGUCCUUCAGGGUGUGGCAGUGCGGGGGACAGGUGGAGAUCGUCCCCUGCUCCGUCGUGGGCCACGUGUUCCGCUCCAAGAGCCCGCACACCUUCCCCAAGGGCACGCAGGUGAUCUCCCGGAACCAGGUGCGCCUGGCCGAGGUCUGGAUGGACGACUACAAGGAGAUCUUCUACCGCCGCAACCAGCAAGCUGCCCAGAUGGCCAGAGAGAAGACCUUUGGUGACAUCACAGAGCGGCGCAGGCUGCGGGAGCGGCUGCACUGCAGGAACUUCACCUGGUACCUGCAGAACGUCUACCCCGAGAUGUUCGUGCCCGACCUGACCCCGGCGUUCUACGGAGCAGUGAGGAAUCUGGGGACUUCUCCCCCCCUGGACGUGGGGGAGAACAACCACGGCGGGAAACCUCUCAUCAUGUACCCCUGCCACGGGCUGGGGGGCAACCAGUACUUUGAGUACACGAGCCAGCGGGAGCUGCGCCACAACAUCGGCAAGGAGCUGUGCCUGCGCGGGGGCGCGGGCACGGCCGAGCUGGGCGAGUGCCAGUUCCGAGGGAAGCCCGGCCGGGUGCCCGCCAGCGAGGAGUGGGAUCUGGCGCAGAACCGGCUGAUCAAGAACUUGGCCUCGGGGAUGUGUCUGACGGCCCGGGGGAAGCACCCGGGCCUCGUUCCCUGCGACCUCACGGACCCGCACCAGCUCUGGUCCUUCACCUAAAAGGGAGCGGAGCCCCCGGCCGGCCCCGGCCACGCUCAGGAAACCAGGAUCCAAAAAAACUUCCUUGUUCGUCUUAAUUUAAGAAGUGAAAGCCUUAAAUAUGCUGCAUUUCGUGGUUGCCUUGAACUGAAUCCCGUGCCUUGGGGGCCAGCUCUGCCGGGGGCAGCCCAGGGACCCCGAAACGCCGCGGCCGUGGCGGGGACACUCCUGCCGGGGCUCCUCGGCAGCCGCUGCUCGUCCUCCCCACCCCGG